AUGCAACAUACACCCUUUCUCGGAUUUUCUGGAUAUGAUGGGAACCACACGUAUCUCCUAACAGCGCUCAUCAAUUCCAAUUCAAGAGCAAUCGAUUCCUCUCGAAUUAGCCGUUUUUCAUUCAGAUCGACAAGUGCCACAUUUGCGAUGGUUUCAAUUCACACUGCCAAAGCCCAUAACCUGAAAGGUCAACUGCCUGAAUGGAGCAUGGAACCUUUGGCAACAACAAUUCGUUUCGUCACGUUGAACUGCCGAACACUAUCGAGUGAACUCCAACAAGCCGCUCUAUCCAGACUUCUGCGAUAUCUCUGUGUGCCUUUUGCUGCACUACAGGAAACACGCAUGAGAGAUCGGCCCGUCAUCAGUAUCGAAAAUUGCGUCAUAUACUGCGGCGAUGCUGAUGAGAACAAAGUAGAUGCGCCUUUUUACGACUGCGGGAUCGCAGAGAGACGUAAACUCUGGAUCGUAAAUGCUCACGCACCUACGGAAACCGCUGAGGACAACAGUAAAGACGCCUUCUAUGAUGAAUUCAAUGCGUUGAUGUCUAAAAUACCAAGCCGGCAGGUGGUCAUUGUCGGAAUCGACGCAAAUGCGAAGAUGGGAUUUGAACAAAAAUCCGAUGUGCUAGGAAAAUGGUACUAUGCAGCGAAGCGCACGUCGGACAACGGUGACCGUCUGGUCGACCUGUGCGAAGAGACGGGCCUCAUCAUUGCUUCCUCGUUUAAGAGGAAUCAUCGACGCCAUCAGCUCACGUGGCAGGGAUCAACCCUUUUAACGCCUGAAGAGCAGCGCAGGCGGAAGAUGAGGACUCUUGAGCUUCAGCUCGGCUACGAUCUGGCGAGGAACAUUCCUCAGUCAGAUAUCCGAAAAUCUAGAGCUGUGUGGGACGUCGCGUUCGACUCUGACCACCGUCCAGUUCUUCUCAGCUUCAAGAUACGGUUCCACAAGAGAAAUCGAGGAGUUCAUCUUCAACCGAAAAUCGACAUGGUAGGUCUGAAAGACGAUGAAUGCAGAACAAAAUCCCGCCAACUUGUGUCUAUUAAUGUUGGAGUACGGACCAAGAAGAAGCUUAGCGAUGCGGAUUCGUUUACAAAGUGCAUCUAG